GCUCUCAGUUUGAGAUUCAAUGUUGCAGAGUAACAAUCUCAAUAAUCACUUAGUAAUAACGUAGAUUAUUCUUUUUCCAUCUCCGUCCGAGAAGAAAGCGCUACAACCUCCUGUCUGGGAAUAAACAGCUCCUCUGCUACCAACAUGCAUGUGAUUAAACGAGAUGGGCGCCGUGAGGCGGUUUGUUUUGAUAAAAUCACAUCCCGCAUACAGAAGCUCUGCUAUGGACUCAACUGUGACUUUGUGGACCCGGCCCAGAUUACUAUGAAGGUGAUCCAGGGUCUGUACAGCGGGGUCACCACUGUGGAGCUGGACACUCUGGCUGCAGAGACCGCUGCCACUCUCACCACCAAACACCCCGACUACGCCAUCCUGGCUGCCCGCAUCGCUGUUUCCAACCUGCACAGGGAGACCAAGAAGGUUUUCAGUGAUGUGAUGGAAGAUCUGUACAACUACGUCAACCCCUUAAACAACCGUCACUCCCCCAUGAUCUCCAAGGAGACGCUCGACAUUGUCCUCGAAAACAAGGCUCUCCUCAACUCAGCCAUCAUUUACGACAGAGACUUUUCCUACAACUUCUUUGGUUUUAAGACUCUGGAGCGGUCGUAUUUACUGAAGAUCAACGGCAAAGUUGCUGAGAGACCGCAGCAGAUGCUGAUGAGGGUGGCAGUCGGAAUUCAUAAGAGAGACAUCGAGGCAGCCGUCGAAACGUACAACCUGCUUUCGGAAAGGUGGUUCACGCACGCCUCUCCCACCCUGUUCAACGCAGGCACCAACAGGGCUCAGCUGUCCAGCUGCUUCCUGCUGGCCAUGCGUGACGACAGCAUCGCCGGCAUCUACGACACACUGAAGCAGUGCGCGCUCAUUUCCAAAUCAGCCGGAGGCAUCGGCGUGGCGGUCAGCUGCAUCAGAGCCACGGGCAGCUACAUCGCCGGGACUUGCGGCAAAUCCAAUGGGCUGGUUCCCAUGCUGCGGGUGUACAACAACACAGCACGAUACGUGGACCAGGGCGGCAACAAGAGACCAGGGGCCUUUGCCAUGUACCUGGAGCCGUGGCACGCUGACGUGUUUGAGUUUUUGGAGCUGAAGAAGAACACCGGUAAAGAGGAGCAGAGGGCCAGAGACCUGUUCUUUGGCCUGUGGAUCCCAGACCUCUUCAUGAAGCGGGUGGAAAGCAACCAGGACUGGUCUCUGAUGUGUCCCAACGAAUGUCCCGGGCUGGAUGAGUGCUGGGGAGAGGAGUUUGAGAAGCUCUACACUCGCUACGAGCAGGAGGGCAGGGCCAGGCGCGUGGUGAGGGCUCAGCAGCUCUGGCACGCCAUCAUCGAGUCGCAGACAGAGACGGGCACGCCGUACAUGCUCUACAAGGACGCCUGCAACAGGAAGACCAACCAGCAAAAUCUGGGCACCAUCAAGUCCAGCAAUCUGUGCACAGAAAUCAUAGAGUACACAAGUAAAGAUGAGGUCGCCGUGUGUAACCUGGCCUCCAUUGCCCUCAACAUGUACGUCACCCCGGAGAGGAGCUUCGACUUCAAGAAGCUGGCGUCUGUAACCAAAGUGAUCGUCAGGAACCUGAACAAGAUCAUCGAUGUCAACUACUACCCUGUGCCCGAGGCCGAAAAAUCCAACAAGCGCCACAGGCCGAUUGGGAUCGGUGUGCAGGGCCUGGCUGACGCCUUCAUCCUCAUGCGCUACCCGUUUGAAAGCCCAGAGGCCCAGUUACUCAACAUCCACAUCUUCGAGACCAUCUACUAUGCUGCCCUGGAGGCCAGCUGUGAGCUGGCGGCUGAACUCGGCCCCUAUGAGACCUACGCCGGCUCUCCUGUCAGCAAGGGGAUCCUUCAGUACGACAUGUGGGAUAAGACGCCGACAGAUCUGUGGGACUGGACGGCGCUGAAGGAGAAAAUCGCCAGGCACGGCGUGAGGAACAGCCUGCUUUUGGCCCCAAUGCCCACAGCUUCCACUGCCCAGAUCCUGGGUAACAAUGAGUCCAUUGAGGCAUACACAAGCAACAUCUACACUCGCAGGGUGCUCUCAGGGGAGUUUCAGAUUGUGAAUCCUCACCUGCUGAAGGACCUCACAGAAAGAGGACUGUGGAACGAGGAUAUGAAGAACCAGCUCAUUGCUCAGAACGGCUCCAUCCAGGGAAUUGAAGAGAUCCCAGAUGACCUGAAGCAGCUGUAUAAAACAGUGUGGGAAAUCUCCCAGAAGACCGUCCUGAAGAUGGCAGCAGACCGCGGCAGCUACAUCGACCAGAGCCAGUCUCUGAACAUCCACAUCGCCGAGCCGAACUACGGCAAACUCACCAGCAUGCACUUCUACGGGUGGAAGUUGGGCCUGAAAACCGGCAUGUACUACCUGAGGACGAAGCCCGCUGCCAACCCCAUUCAGUUCACCCUGAACAAGGAGAUGCUGAAGGAGAGCCAGUCAGCCAAGAGCGCGGAGGAGGAGGAGGCCAGGGAGCGCAACACAGCGGCCAUGGUCUGCUCCUUAGCCAACAAAGACGAAUGCCUGAUGUGCGGCUCCUAAAACAGGGAGCGCCCCGUCGCCCUUCACGUUCCCAACCCCGUUUAUAAUUGUCUGGGAAAAUCUUUUUGAGUGAACAUGUGCAAAAUUUCAAAUUUAUACAAUUAUUUAAUAUUUUCAGAAUGUUUUUUCUUAACCCAUGAAAUGUAUGUGGUAUUUCCACGUUGUAUAGUAUUAAUAGGAAUGUGUGAAUUGCCAAUAGCGCUUAGAUUUAUCGUCGUCGCUUUUCGCUGUAUUUCUUGCUGAAUUUCAGGUCGACCUGUGUUUGAAGUGGAAUCGAAUCAUCUGGCAUCAAAUGCUUUUGCUGCACCUUCCACAUUUUAUCCCCCGCGCCUUCGCAAAAGAAACGUGAAAAAGAUGAAUUUGUAGCAUAAGCUCACCUUGAAGAGAACGGAACAAUUACAACCUUCAGUUCGAGAAGUAGUUUUAGUAGAAAACUUUAAAGGUGAUUUUUUUAUUGUCAGUGUCACAUUUAAUCUCACCCGUGUCGAUUCCUAUAAAAUAAUGCAACUAAAACAGUUUUUUUUUUUUUAAUUAAGUUAAAGCCAGUGUCUCAGAAGUUUGCCUUCUGUUUUCCUGGGGAGUAAAUUAGGGACCAGUUUCCUUCGGUUAAUCUUCAAAAUGGGAAAGAUAAGAGAAUAUGCUAUUCCUGCAAGGCAGGAAAUGGGCUGAAGGAAAUAGAUACUCCAUAAAACCCAACACAUAUCGAAGCCAUAAUACAUAAAAAGAUGUUUAAAACAACUUAAAGGUCAACAAACACGGCUAGAUGAGUACCUGUGUUUAUCCAGCCACAAAGCACACAGGCACAUUUGACAUUUUUCCACAGCAAUACGUAAUGAAUUAUUUUAUCACGCAUUGCGUAAUGAAGACCUUUUACAUCAAUAUCAGGGUAUAAAUAAAUGUGGAAGGUGCAACUACUACAUUUUGACAUCCAGAUGUUUUAUAUCUUCUUUUUUAUAUAUAUUUUGGCUAUUAUUUAUUAAAACAGGGACUAUUUUUCUACUUGUCCAUAACGUU